AAUCGUAGAUUUUCUUCUUUCGAUGUUUCACUCUUUGGAAAUUACUCAAGGGUUCGAUGUCUUAGAAAUAGUCAUUUUGACUUUUCGUCUCGGAUUUGAACGUGUUUUAGGACAACAAAUCUAACUGUUCAAGAGUCUCAACACGUCAUAUCGUCAGCAGACUUGUAGCAUUAGCGAGUACGUUCUCGUAUGCAGGUUUCAAAGACUAUAUAUAUCACGAUUAUUGAAAGAGUGUCUCACAUUCUCACAUUAUGGAAGGAACUUCUCGAACACUUCCUUACACCAUAAGAUUCGUUGGUCUACUUGGCAGUCAUUCUCUUGGUAGAAAUCCAAAGUUUAUGGCUACUGCGGUAGAUUUAGGAAGGGAAUUGUUAAGACGAAGAAUUAGUCUUGCUUAUGGAGGAGGCAACGUUGGCCUACAAGGAGCUGUUGCUUCAACAAUCUUUACCAAUGGUGGUCUCGUUAGAGGUUUUAUUCCUGGGUACAUCGCAACACGACGGGUCUAUGGACCUACGUAUGGUGUAGAGCACACAGUUUCCAGCAAUUACUACAAAUAUUUUGAGAUGAAUCAUGCCGUGGAAGCUUUCAUUGUUCUUCCUGGAGGAGUUGACACUAUGGAAGGUUUGUUUACCUUGAUCUCGUGGGCUUCUGAAGGGUUACACAAUAGACCCAUUGGUCUUUUAAACAUUGACGGUUAUUUCAAUAACCUUCUCAAAUUCUUAGACGAUGCAGUGAGACAGAACUUCAUGGCUUCUAGUCAGAGGAAACUUUUUAUUUCUUCUUUCUUUGUUGACGAGCUUUUAGACAAACUAGAGUUUGCUAAAGCUUUCCCGGGUCCGGGAGCCGGUUACGACGAGUUUGCAAAUCCUGAGAGAUUAGACCUAGAAUUGCAUCUUUAACUUUCCUCAUGUAAUCUAAGUUGCAUUCAUGUUGAAAUAAUA